AUGAUGGACUUAAUUCACUCUGAUUCCCAGGGUUCCCGCCGAGGACGCACUCGUUCGGAUAAGAAUACCAAGGAAGCCAGCACGGACUGUCGCCUAAAAGGAGAAGAAGGCAAGACGAUACCCUUGAGUGGCUCGAAUACUACAUUGGUGGCAGCGACUACGGCGAACCCAACUGCCUCUUCUUCGUCGUCAACGACGGUCCCCGACCCCAUCCCAACUUCCUUUCGAUCCUUUGAUGGACGGAGCGAUUUCCGCAGCUGGUUACGGCGCUUCUGCUUCCACACGAACGAGGUGCCACAGGACAAACGCUCCCGAUUAAUUUUUAAAUAUUUGGGAGACGACCAACUGGACAAGGCCCUUGACGCCGGGCUGUCAGUCUCCACACCUUUUGACACCUUGUGUGACGAACUUCAGAGACUGUUCCAGCCUAGAUUGGCGAUUGAGGACGCGAUCCACCGCCUGCUACACCGUCGUCGUCAGUUCAGGGAAACACCUGAGCAAUUCGCCGCGGAUCUAACGCGGCUGGCCUCCGACGCUUACCCGUCCCUCUCGGCGGCCGAUAGAGACCAGGUCGUCCUGUAUCACUUUAAAUGCGGCCUGGCCUCCGAUGAGGUGGCGUAUUCAUUACGCCUAAACCCCCCGGCUGACCUCGAGAGCGCCAUACAGAGAGUCAAUCGGUUGUUAGAGCCGAACUCCCCAGCGCCAGUUUACCAUCGCCCUCCUGGAGGCUCGUCCUUUUCCCCUGGCUACCGACGACCUGGGCAAGGGCCCAGCUCACGCGGUUUCUCUAAGGCAAACAACAACACGACGUUUCACACUCGUAAGGGCUUUGGAAACCGUCCGCCAUACUCGACAGCAGCACACCGCGCGGACGAAGCGGAUUCCGGUACUCUGUCUGUCCCUAUAUGCUCUUCAAAGUCACCUAACACAUUGCCAUUCUUUACUUUAGUGCAUGUUGACAACCGCCCUGUUAGGGCCCUAGUUGAUACUGGUGCUACAGUUUCCCUAGUCCGAUCUGAUAUACUUUCGCCUAUUCGCAGGGACAGCAUUGUUAAACCCAAAAGACAACCUAGCCUGCUGACGUCAAACGGAGAGCGGAUGUCCACAAUCGGUCUAAUUAAUUUGCCGUUAGCGUUCCCUACUAGCACUAAAGAACACACAUUUGUCGUUAGCCCAAACGUUACGUGGGAUAUUUUACUUGGGGUUGAUUUUCUUGUCCAGUUUAAUUGCCAUCUGGAUAUUCGUGAGCGCGUCCUUCGUUUCGGAUCUGAGCCCACACCGUCCCGCCCCGCCGAUUUGGUGUCCCAGGAAGACGAAAUCUGUGCUUCGAUCUCCGCGGCGGUCGCACUACCACCCACUAACUUAGACAGCAUCUUACCGGCAGAUGUAGUGCUCGACGAACAAGACCGCAUGGAUCUGAAAUUCCUGCUGGCAACCUUUGAGGACGUUUUUGCGUGGGACGAACGUUCGUUAGGGCGUUCAACACUCGUAAGACACGCAAUCGACACCGGCUCCGCUAAACCCGUGUGGCAGCCCCCACGACGUAUCCCGCCACAUUUUCAGACGGAGGUAAACGAAAUGAUACAGAUGAUGCUUGAUUCAGGCGUGAUACGCCCGUCGCGCUCACCUUGGGCAUCUCCAGUGACCCUGGUGCCGAAAAAGGACGGGAAACUGCGCUUUUGUAUCGAUUAUCGCCGUCUUAAUGCCGUCACCACUCGAGACUCUUUCCCACUCCCUCGCAUUGAUGUUACCCUAGAUGCCCUUGCGGGGGCACGGUGGUUUUCCACACUCGACCUCAAGUCAGGCUACUGGCAGGUCGAGGUUGAACCUAAAGACAGACCAAAAACCGCCUUCAUUCUUCCUCAAGGUCUUUUUGAAUUUGAAACUAUGCCUUUCGGCCUUUGUAACGCCGCCGCAACAUUCCAACGCCUAAUGCAAUCGGUAUUAGCGCACUUAUAUCCUGGCCACUGUUUAAUUUACCUAGACGACGUCAUUGUCUUUGGGAAGUCCAUCAGCCAACAUAAUGAGAAUCUGAGAGCGGUCCUUACGGCACUUCGCGACGCGGGACUCCGUUUAAAUCCCCAAAAGUGCACGUUCCUACGUAACAAAGUAACCUUCCUCGGACAUGAGGUUAGCACGGAGGGCAUACACGCUUCCUCGGAUAAAAUAGAUGCCAUAAAAAAAUGGCCCAUUCCAACGACCGCUACCGACGUUAGAGGUUUUAUCGGCCUGGCUUCCUAUUAUCGACGUUUCAUUCUUCAUUUUGCAGAAAUAGCACGCCCCUUGCACCGCCUCACGGAGAAAGGACGAACAUUUAAGUGGACAGAGGAGUGUCAGACCGCAUUCGAUGAGCUUAAAACGCGGCUUACAACAGCCCCUAUUUUGAUGUUACCUAACACCCAACUCGACACUCCCCCAUUUAUCCUCGAUACCGACGCAAGUGGAUUUGCGAUCGGCGGUGUUCUAUCCCAGUGCGACGAGACAGGAGCGGAAAGACCUGUGUGCUUCGCUAGUAAAACCCUAACUAAACCCCAAAGAAAUUAUUGUACUUAUCGUAGGGAAUUACUCGCACUAAUUACGUUCGUGAAGCAGUUCAAACCUUUUCUACUUGGUCGCCACUUCAUCAUCCGUUCGGACCAUAAGGCCUUACAGUGGCUGCAGAAGAUGAAGGACGCCGAAGGUCAGCUUGCACGAUGGCAAGAGGUACUGCAACAGUUCGAUUUUAGUUUUCAGUUCCGUCCAGGGAAGAAACACGCCAAUGCGGAUGCCAUGUCCCGCCGCCCCGCAGACACGGGUGACAAGCUGCCAACGGAGGAUUUCCAUUUCAUAUCCACCCUUACCAUCAGUGAGCCAACUCGCCACCAUUGGGCUAUCGCUCAAAGCACAGAUCCCGAUACAGCCAUAGUUUAUGACCACCAGCUCAACGGGAGACAUCGCCCGACUGACUCCGAACUACGUGGUUCAUCUGAUUAUGCGCGAAUCAUACGAAGUCAUUGGGCUCACCUACUCAUGGAAAAUGACCUCCUCUUCUUCAAGGACGACACACAUAGUCAGCCUCGACUGGUUGUCCCCGGCAGCUUAGUCCUGCCUAUUCUAGACGAUCUGCACCGCGAGCUCGGCCAUGUAGGUCAUGUGAAAACGGAGGCUGCGGUGAGACAACGCUUCUGGUGGCCACGCCUCAGAGAACAAGUCUCCAUUUUCUGUAACACCUGCCCCAUGUGA